UUUGGGAUUGGUCAAUCCAGUCACAAGAUGAUGUGAAGUAAAAAAAAAACAUUGAAAGCGUCUGAGCAGUGAGAGCAGCAGCUGCAGCUUCAGAGAGACUCUAUCAACUACUACAACAACAAUGAGUGAAUCACUGGUGGUGUGCGAUGUGGACGAUGAGCUGCUCAAGAAGCUGAAAGCCUUCCGUUUCCGGAAGCAGACCAAUAACGCCGCCAUCAUCAUGAAGAUCGACAAAGACCGACAGGUGGUCAUUCUUGAAGAGGAACACGAGGAUAUUUCUUUAGAUGAUCUAAAGGAGGAACUACCCGAAAGACAGCCGAGGUUUAUCGUCUACAGUUACAAAUACGAACAUGACGACGGACGUGUGUCCUACCCUCUCUGCUUCAUCUUCUCCAGUCCGGCAGGAUGCAAAAUGGAGCAGCAGAUGAUGUACGCAGGAAGUAAACACAGACUGGUGAAAGCUGCUGAUCUGUCGAAGGUGUUCGAGGUCAGGAACACAGAGGACCUCUCAGAGGAGUGGCUCAGAGAGAAGCUGGGGUUCUUUGGUUAAAGCCCUCUCGUGUCGUGGGGUCUGGGACGUGAGGAGGAUCCAGAUUGCACAUACCGGUGUCACCUCUUUGGGAGGAACGCACCACAGUUAAUGUUUCCCUCCUCGUUGUAGCAGACCUGAUUUAAAUAGCGUUGAUGAAAACUCAGUUUUAGGCCUCUGUCGCUCAAAUUUAAAGCUCAGAUCAGUGAGACAGAAGUUUGUGUACUCUUCUCUUUGCCAACCGAACCUCUCCUCGUCUGUCAGCCUAAAACUGGAACUCCUAUUUGACGCAGGUCUGUUUUCGACUCCCGAACAAUCUCUCCAUGUGCCAGUAACGUGUCUGUGUUGAAUUAACACUCCCAUAGCUCCGAACCGGACAUGAAUAGAACUCAUCCGCCUUCCGAAGCGUCGUUAUUCAGGAGUCGUUAAAGGUGUCAACACUUUCUGUUUCCGUCUUUUUUUAACUUCUUAAGUUUUACGUUUAGAUUUAUUUUCCUGGUGUUUGUAGCUCAAACUUUAUCGCAGUGAUUUCCUUUUGUUGUGAAACUCUAAAGACCAAAAUAGAGCCAGUGUCUCCUUCGUUAUUAAUUUGGAUUAUAAUCUCACUCCAGUCGAUUAAAGAAUGAUAACACUAAGACCAACUUUACUAACGCUGCAUUCAAGUGCUCCUCAGAUAAUCAGAGUUCCCGAAAUUGCAAAGAUGUUUUUCUGAAUCCGUGAUUUCAAGCUUUACGAUUGCAAAAUGUACAUAUUGGAUGUCUCAACUGAUGAGUUUGAUGGGUUUUUUUGUCCUUCAAAAUAAAAGUUGUUAGUAGGGAUCCAAAUUUUUCUCCAACUUCUCAAGUCGUCGUUCCUUCGCGUGCUCUUCAGCUGUUUUGACUUCCCAAAUCAGGAAGUUGUAAUAUCUGAACAACGUAGAUUUUAUUCCAAACUAGACGACUCUACAUUAACGGGAUCUAACGGCUACGAACUUACACUACAAUGCAAGUGAAUAAAAAUGAGCCAAAGUUUCUAAAGUUUGAAGUUUCUAAAUCAACCCUUUAAGUUUGGAACUUAAACUUUCCCCUGCGUGCCUUCUGCAAAAUUUCCCACUCAGAAACUACAUUUUCCGAUCAUUCCGACUUCACCUGAAUGCAGCGUUACCUUCUUUCGUCCGUGCACUUGAUCGAGGUGGAACAAAGAGGCAUUGGAGCGGUGCUUAUCACCUGUUUCGUCUCCUGUUUGGAGGACAAACAGCAGCUCUGGGUAAAUCUGUGCUCGGCCUCUGAUGAUAUCACACUCCUGAAAAACACAAACCGCUGAAACAUUCCAGUUUAUAACCGACAACAAAACCUCCAUGACAGUUUUGACACAACACUGCACACGGGGGGGCGUUACCUGCGCUCACCGUGUCCUUCUUUAGGGAGAUUGUAAGAUAAUGUCGUGCUUUAUAGCCAGUGCUGUUCUUUAGUGUUGAUGAAUGUCGUGCUUCAUUCUGACGUAAAGCCUCUCGGGUCGCUCAGAGGAGGUUGCAGCAGCCUUGCGAGUUACAGCAGUGACUUUAAAAAAUGCCAGUAGUGCUUCAUGUUUAGACUUGGUAGAUAAAAGAACAUAUUUCCAUACAGAGCGGGGUUUGACUCAAAUAUACAGAUCUUUAAAAGGCUGAUAUUUAGGCAUUGAAUCAGGGGCGUGUCCAAGAGUAUUUUGACUUGGGGUGGCCAAUCAGGGAUGAUAACUUUAGCAGGGGUGGUGUAAAGUAUGAGGUCGCACUCGUGUCUGUUGUGGUGUCAUGGUGUUGAGGGUUUCUGGGUACAUUGGAGGUUAUGGUCAUGGGAUUAUUAGUGUCGUUUACUGUAAAAAAACAAAACAGAAACACAGUGUCCACGUCUCAAAGAGAUGUUUAUCUAAAGUUGUAGUUUACCGUACGAAUAAAGUAAAUGUGCUACACCAGUACGCCACGAAAACUACCGUAUUGACCCUCAUAUAAGAAGUUUUUUUCCUCAAUACAUCUGAAAAUAUUUGAAUCAGGGUGGUCCUAUAUUUGAGUCCCUACGGUCAUUUUCACCUUUUAAACCGUGCCCUCACUAACUGGUUUGAUCAUGUGCAGCGUUUCCUGAGAAAAGGACGCUGUACCUGUGACGGCGGUAAAGGUUAACACAGGUCAGUGUGUCCGGCCCCGCCUCCCAUAGUUUCUCUUUUCAGUUUCUGUUUGAUCUAUUGACAACAUUCAUCGGCUGCAUGUUUUAUAAAGACGUCCAGAUAUCAGACCUGCCUCUGAAAAAUCUUCUAAAACACCCACAAACAAUCGAGAAUUAGAAACUGGCAGCAGCAGGUUUCUUGCCUCAAAUACUUGAAGCUACAUUAAAUUUACUUAAUGUUGUAUUAUUGGCACUACAGUCUAGUUUAGACAGAUAAAUCUCAAUGAAAGCUUCUGAAUCUGAAUAAAAGCUCAGUAUCAGCUCUGUAUAUUGGUCUUACCCCCUCAUCUAAAACCACAUGCAUAAAUGAACUCCACAGUUUUGCAUCAGCGUCCUCUCUGACUUUGGACUAGGAGGAUCACAGCUGAUUUUAACGCCCCGAGUCCCUCAUGUAUAAAGUCAAACUGCUGAGUCUACCAUUCUAAUGCCUUGUCUUCAAUGUUAAAGUUUGUCAUAUUUACGCUUGUUAUAAAAAGGACUACAAGGCCAAAAUCAAACACUACAAAAUGUUUUCUUGGGAGACAAUUGGACAACUUUUGUGAGGAGUAGAAAGGUCACAUUAAGACACUAAUUCUGUCAUGUUUUUAUUUCUAAUCUUGAUAAAAAAUAAAGGAUAGAACCGUUUUCUUUCUGUGGAUCUGACUGGGAGAAAUGUGCGCACAAUCAUGUGAAUCAUUUAUUGAUUUGAGACAUGAAUCAUUCACCUGUCGGUGUUUACUCCAACAGGAAGGUGAGACAGAGGUUAAUUAUUACAGCUGCUGUAGCACAUAGACAUCACUCAGACAUGUUUAAUGGUUUCUGCUGUUACCUAAAGGUGUAGUAAGAAAGUUGUAUGAACCUGAAGCUGUUCUUCUAAACUCUGUGGAAAGCUACUGUAAAAGAAUCGCAUGCUUAAAUGUGUUUUUCUUCCUUUUCUAAACGACAUGUUCGAGGACCUGCUGCUCUUUUGCAUGCAUUCUUUCCAGAAUAUCUUAAAUUAUUAAACCUCAUAGAAAACAUUUGCACACAAAGUCCUGGAAACCUGGUCUCAGCUGUGUUCCUACUCUUUGUAAAGUAUUUACAUACUGACAGUACUUUGAUACCCUGCAGACAGACUCCCCCAGUAUAAAGUCUUUAAAGUAUCUGGUCUUGUCCUGUGGAUCUGAAAGGUGUCCCCUUCUGUUUACUCAGCCUGUUGUAGAAGAAGCCUUUUUAGUGCUCUUGUUGUCCUCUCUGGUUAAAUAACGUAUUUCUAUCUUCAUUCCUUUUUACUGAAAACCACCUGAGAUGUGUAUCAUAACCAGCUGCCUCAUAGCAUAAGUGAAACUUGAGAUAUUUGUAUUUUCCCAUACUUUAUAAAGUGUCUAUUGUCCUAUUGUCCAAAUAAAAUGACAGUGAUGUUUAAA